AUGACGGUUCUUAGGUCCCGCGAGAUCAUCGCUUCCACCAAAACGACGCCGCACAACCCCAAGUCAAGGCUCAAAUUAGAUCCCUCCACGCCAGCCAAGACCCGCGAGUCCCCUAACACUAUCCAAUCUCCACCCCCGCCCCCACCCACCGCUUCGACUUCGACCCCUUCCUCCCAACCCCAAAACCCUAACCCUAAUCCUCAUUUGAAUUCCAAACAGUGCUCUGUCGAGUUCGGCUCCGAUUCGACCUCUGUCUCGGGAGUAGCGCGGCGGCGGAGUCUCCGUCUCGCUUCAAAGUGUCCAGACUCCGAUCAGAGUAAGAAUCUCGCCCCGGAAAAAAGUCGCAAGAGGAAUACCGCGAGGCGUGAGAAGGGCACAUGCUCAAUGGCCGAGAAGGAAGUGAAAGAAAAACUUAGGGAAGAAGUUGAUGAUCAUGUUUCGAAUGGAGAGGUGGGUUUUGAUCUGUUUGGAAAGAGGGUUACGGUUGUGGGAGUUGAGAGAGGGACUGAGGUGAUGAAGAAAGGUUUUGGAGAGAAGGGGAAGGUAGUAGUUGAUCAGGGCGAGAGGGGUUUCAGUGGAUUAGGGCUGAGUUUAGACUUGGGAAGUUUUGGGGCCAAUUGUAUUAAAGAAGAGGUGAAGAAAAAAAGGAAGUUGGAGAUCGAUAUUAAUUUUCCGGCUUUAGAAUGGGAAGGGGAAGAUGGAAGAAGUAAAGGGUUUUUGAGUUUGCGGUCAGGGAAGAAAGUCUCGAAGAGAGGACUGGGUGGUGGGCAUAAUGGAGCAUUGGUGAUUGAUUUAGAUGCUGAUGAGAAUGGUAAGGGAAAGUUGGUGGAGGGUGGUUUUGCAUUCAAUGGUGUUGCUGUGGUGGAAUUGGAUUCGGAGUCGGAUGAGGAGAGGUGUAGUGAGAAUGUAGUUCAGAGUAGUAGUCCAAGAGGGAAGAGGAAGUUGAGUGAUGCAAGUGAAGGUGUUGCUGAAGAUCUCAAGGAUGAAGUGAUGGCCAGUGAGAAUGGUAUAGAUAAUGGCAGAAGGAGAUACAGCAUUGAAGAAAAAGGGAAGGGGAAAUUGAUUGGAGAAGUGGUGUUAGUGAAUGGUAAUGAUGAAGCGGAAUUGGGUGUGAAACCAGAAGUUUUGAGCUCAGUGGAGAACGUGGCUGCCAGUCCUAUUCGUAAAAGGGAGAAUGCAGCAUUGCCUGACGAGAGGCAGGUAAACAACAGUAAUACAAGAGAGAAUGCAGCAAGUGGGAACCAGUACAUGGAACGGUUUCGGGAUAUAGCCAGGCGAAAUGCUUCUCGAUUUGCUCAUUUUGCUUCUGAAGAGGAAGAGGAGAAUCAGUUGCCUCCUCAGGUUGAAGUGGCACAGGAUAUCGAAGAUUGGCCGGGCCCCUUUUCUACGGCCAUGAAAAUUAUUAAAGAUCGAGCAGCAAAAAAUGCCCAACUGCCCUCUAAAGACCAGACCACACCACCAUUCGUUGAAUGGGUUCCUAAAAGUUUUCAGGAUCGUCCCCUCUCAAAGAAUUUGAUCCCCUCACUGCAAGAUCUGUGUUUGUCCUUUCUUGCUAAGAAUGCUGAUGCAAUUGUUUCACUUGAGCAUGUGGCAGAUGCUUUGAGACACCGGCUUUGUCAGAUGCUCUGUGAUUCUCGAAAAAUGAACAGUCAUUUCUUUGAGCUUCUUGUUCAAGGAUUGCCAACAGAGGUUCGCUUAAGGGAUUGCUCAUGGAUGACAGAGGAGCAGUUUACAAAAUCCUUUCAGCAGUGGGAUACCAGCAAUUUAACAGUGCUACAACUUGACCAGUGUGGGCGCUGUGUGGCAGAUUAUAUAUUGCAUUCUACCUUGGCUCGGUCAUCAAAUUGCUUGCCUGCACUAACCACUUUAUCCCUAAGUGGUGCAUGCCGUCUUUCAGAUGUUGGGCUUAGUGCACUUGUUUCUUCUGCCCCUGCACUAAGAUCUCUAAAUCUCAGCCAGUGCUCCCUUCUCACUUCCUCAAGUAUCGGCACUUUGGCUGACUCAUUAGGAUCAGUUCUGAGGGAACUAUAUCUAAAUGAUUGCCAAGGAAUUGAUGCUCUGCUUAUUCUUCCAGCAUUAAAGAAGCUUGAACAUUUGGAGGUUUUGUGGCUAGGAGGCCUUGAAAAUGUUUGCGAUGAUUUUAUUAAGGAAUUUGUUACUGCUCGUGGUCAGAGUUUGAAGGAGCUUGUUUUGACUGAUUGUGGAAAAUUAACAGAUUCUUCUGUGAAAGUCAUAGCUGAAACCUGUACGGGGUUAUGUGCACUUGAUCUUGUUAACUUGUACAAAUUGACAGAUUUGACCUUAGGAUAUCUUGCAAAUGGUUGCCGAGAAAUUCAAACAUUAAAGCUUUGUAGAAAUGCAUUCAGUGAUGAAGCUAUUGCUGCUUUUCUGGAAACUUCUGGAGAGUGUUUAACAGAACUUUCACUCAAUAAUAUCAAGAAGGUUGGGUACAACACAGCCAUAUCACUUGCCAAACGUUCAAGGAAGUUGCAUACUCUGGAUCUAUCUUGGUGCCGGAAUUUGACAGAUGAGGCCCUGGGUUUAAUUGCGGACAGCUGCCUAUCAUUGAGGAUACUGAAACUUUUUGGAUGCACUCAGUUAACAAAUACUUUUCUGGAUGGCCACUCAAAUCCAGAGGUGAAAAUCAUUGGCUUGAAAGUUUCUCCAAUAUUAGAACAUGUCAAGGUGUCCGAUCCUCACGAAGGUCCAUUGCGCUAUUCAUCCGUCUAUUGA